AUGUCGUUCAAAGCGCUCUUCUAUGCGUACAUCUUAGGCGGACUGACAUUCAUCCCCUUGGUCAUCCUUAUCGUCGUCGGCAUCGCCAUAUACACCUCUAUCCCUGUGCAAACCAACUCAGGCCAAGAUGCUAAGCCAGAGCUCCCCACCGAGUUGACUGAGCCGCAGGCAGAAACCGAAGAUCCUGCCUCAUCGCUAGAAGUCAACGACAAGCCCAGGACGCGCAAAGGCUGGCUGACCAUGCGUAGAACGUUUGAGGAAUCCGCGUCAUUUGAUGGCUCGUACGUCACACUCGUCCGCUCCUACCUUGAUGCGCGUUCCAAGGACCCUAAGCGCUCACGCCCGAAGGACAUGUGGUACGUUGUCCUUAAGGGCACGGUGUUGUACCUGUACGAGGAUGAAAGUAGGACGGAGUGUGAAGCUGCUAUAGAGUUGGGUGGACAUGAGGUGUGUGUUUAUCCAGAAGGACUUUUGGACGGGGAGCUCUACACGAAACGGAACGCCAUAUGUCUGCGCCCAAGACCAAUACCCGAAGAAAAAGUAAUGCCAAGCGUGACAAAGGAAAUGACACUUCAAGACAUUAACAUCGACGAGAAGGUGGAGGAGGCAGGUGGAAGCUUGAAGAAGCGGACGGCUGAACGCGAGCGACUCGUUGAAGAAGAGAAAAUUCGGGACGCUGCACGACAAGAAGCAUUGAGCGCAUCGCCAUGGUUCAUCUUCGUGCGCUCCUGCGUCGAGAUGGAGGAUUGGUACUUUGCACUCGUGCAUGCAUCUGAGCACCCGACUGGCACACCCACUCUCGACCCACUCCAGAACGUAUUCCUCCCUUCAGAAAUGAACAAGCUUGUCGUGACUCUUGAUGAGCAACCCGAUGUCAUCCCCAUGCGCUGGUUAAACGCGCUACUUGGGCGCAUAUUCUUUAGCUUCUACCGCACACAGACGUUGGAGUCGUACAUCAUCGGUCGUCUCAUGAAGAAGCUUUCCAAAGUCAAGCGCCCUGCAUUCCUCACAGACAUUUCUGUCACCGAAUUCUCAAUUGGGAACAAGGCCCCGACACUUAGCAAGCCGAUGUUGAAGGAGCUCACAAAAGAGGGCGACGCAUCGCUCGAGGUGCGCUUUACAUACAAAGGAGAGGUCCGUGCGACCGUCGAGGCUACCGCCACAAUCAACCUCGGUGCUCGAUUCAAGUCGUACGCCGUUAAGCUGGUGCUGGCGGUCAUUCUGCGGGAGAUAGAUGGAAACCUCCUCAUCAAGGUCAAACGACCACCGAGUAGUCGGAUAUGGUACGCAUUCACGCAGACCCCGCGUGUGGUCAUUGAUGUCGAGCCCAUCGUGAGCGAUCGCCAAAUUACGUGGAGCAUGAUACUUGACACGAUCAAGUCAAGAAUCAUCGAGGUGAUACAAGAGUCUGUCGUGAUGCCCAACAUGGAUGAUAUCAGUUUCUUCGACAGCUCGCCGUAUUCACACCGUGGUGGACUUUGGUCAGACGCUGCGCGACGCCAGCAGUCGGAGCCCGCCUCGACUUCACCAGAAGUUGAAGCUGAAGGUGUAAAACCUGCGGCAUCCGAGGCAGACCUCCCAUCCAUUUCAGGUCCCUCCGAAGAUGUCACGGUACCGUCAAUAAAGCGUUCAGCGUCUGCUGAAGACCUGGUAGUAGAUGCAUCAUCACUUGGAGGUGUGCCAGUCAUCCGCUCCGCAACAACUGGGACCUCAGACAACAGUGUAAAGGCCUCUAGGCUUCGGUCAUCUGGUGAGGAUGACUCAGAUGCGGGCGAGGAUGUCGAGGAUUCCGGUCUUCGUGGACGGAGGAGUCGCGCUGCAAGUUCUACAAUGCCGAAGCAAGAUCUUCCUGCCGAGUCCUAUCCAGAGAAACCUACUGGCGAGAUAGAGUUGGAUGAAGAGAGACCUGGGUACCUGUCGCCGCAAUACCGCGGCCGGUCCUCAUCAGCACACUCUCUAGCACGUUCUAGGUCUUCUCGAGCAGAUUCUGUCUCAUCUUCGGUCUCGGUCGGCGGUGACGAGUUCUUCACUGGUCUCUCCGACUCUGGCGCACCUUCCAAGAGUCCCCGGCCCUCCGCUGGUUCGAAUACAGCGAGCUCCUUGUUCUCUACGCUCAAGUCGAAAGCCGCAGACAAGCAGGCGCUGAGCAACUCUGCUAAGGAGGCAAUGCGCAAAUGGGGGGUCAAUUGGGGUGGUCUUAAGAAAGAUAGCAGUGUCAACUCUCAGGAUGACGUGCCGGAUGUCGGGCCUUCGGAUACUCGUAUCCGGACAGAAGGUACACAUGUCCGACCCAGUUACGCGGAAGUGCGUGCUGCUGUUGCCGAAAGAAGAGAGCGCAGGGACGACGGUGGGUCUGCCCCUAUUCCCAUCCCCAAUGGGAAAGGGAAGAGGUCCACAAGCCCGUCAAGUGGUCAUAUGUCAUUAUUAUCUGGUGCACCUGCGUCGCCUCCACACAUGAUGCAAGGUGGUUCAUCAGAAGGGAGCUCCUCAUUUAAAUUUGUUGCACCUUCUCUGUCAAGGUCGGCGACGGAACAUGAUCCACUCAAAGACCGCGAUUUCACGGAUGUCACAGAAGAGCCUCGCAGGCCAUCUAUUAUUCAUACCCAACCUUCACAAGCGCGGACAAUGACUAUUCCGGGGAUCCAUGCGAGCCACCGCGGGGAACCCAUGUCAAUGGGGAACGUUGCACUCUCGUCAACACCCCCGGAGAGCAAGACAAAGGGGCCCGCCAUUCAAAACAUGUAUCGCUUGUGGAAAAGUCCAGUUCUGACAGGUCAACCACAAGGCUCUGACAACCAGUCGACGCCUACACGCGCAGACACAGAUGGACGUAAUGCGGAUGUUGCCCCACUCAGUCUUUCUGCCGAUGUUGCUUCACCGUCUGUACGGCCUGUUCCUCCACCCCUUCCUCCGCGGACGGUAUCGUCGGUACCACGUGCGCCUGAUUCGUCCAAAGAUUCCGUUGUUCCGUCUGUAUCACCUGCAUCAGAAGAGAUGAGAGGAACUUCGCCGGUGCAGGGAUUAUCAAAUCCAUCUCCAGAACCAGUUGAAAUGUCACCACCUGUUGGCGUAUCUGAACCGGUGCUUAUGAAAGGACCAGAUAACAGGCCUCCAUUACCUCCGCGCAGGUCACAAGUACCAGCACAACAGCCUAUAGGUCAAUGCUCGAAAAUUUCCUAG